GUGUUUCAAACCCGGAACUUUGUGUAUAUACUUUGGUUUCACACGACUUGUACUUGUUCGCCUGUUCGUCCUUGUUCCCCGUCUUCAAAGAAUUAUUGAUUAUGAGUUCUCAUGAGGGAAAGACGUUGUAUCAUUACACUGAUGAAGAAGGUGCAGAAGGGAUUCAAAAUAGUGGUGUUAUCAAGGAAUCUCGCAGUGAACGUGGAGACGCAGCUUUUGGUUCAGGCGUCUACUUAAACGAUCUUCCACCAUCGACACCCGACAAUGAACUUCUUGUGAAUAACUAUGACUCGGCUCCGAAAGAGACAGAUGCAAAUAAUGUGUCACACGUUGUAGAGAUUAAGGUUCCUCAGGACAAGAUGCAAAAUUUUGAAAGUCAAUCCAGUUCACGUGUAGUGUACAAGCAUCCGGGAGACCUUCACUUGAAAGACUACGAUGCAAAAGUCUAUAAGAAAAAUGCCACAGACUGAGACCACAUGCCAAGUUCUAGUUUUAAGAGAGUCAUAAUUGUAAUUGUUUCAAAGCUAUUGUAGAUGGCUAAGCUUAGCAAGAUGUCUGUGAAAAGUGUCUGAAUCAGGUCCCAGCACGUGUAGAGAUUGCUUUGGGAGGGGAGAAAAAUCGAUUCACUACGCUGUAUGUAGACAAUGAAAUGUGGGUUGUUAGUAUUUCGUCAUUAUUUAGUGAGCCCUACUUCGCACGGCGUAUUUUACAUGAAUUCAAUAAAAUUCACGUCAUAUCUAUA